UUUCCUCGUAUGUCGUAUGCAUUGCUUGUUUAGCUGAAAUUUGUUUUUCAAAGUAAGCCUUAAUUAUUCCUAGUCAAACACCCGCCUUCUCCAUUAAACAUCUCUAAACAAUCUUGCUCAAUGCUUUUCAUCAUUUCUAUAGCCAAGACUUUCAUUCACAUCAACAUUUCUCUCCUUAACAACCAUUAAGAAGCUAAUUAUUAAUGAUCAAAUAAAAUGUCAUUCAUAAAUAGCCAGAACUUAUUUCAUACAAUGAUAGCAACAUGCUUAUUAUUGUUCCUUGCAUUACCUGCCCUACUCUAUAUAUCAUCUUAUGAAAUCUCAAUUAGCAAAAUCAUUGGACCUUUAAGUGUCACUCCAAGUAAGGUUGAUGAAGAGGGAAUUAGUACUGCAACCAAGGAAACACCUGAUCUUUGCUCGGGUCGUUACGUUUACAUACAUGAUCUUCCUCCAAGGUUCAACCAAGACUUGCUAAGAGAUUGUCAUACUCUUAUACAGUUUUGGGAUUUCUGCCCUUAUAUGGAAAAUAAUGGUUUUGGGCGUCCACUCAACCAAACAGGUUGGUAUGGUACUAACCAAUUUACUUUAUCAGUUAUAUUUCAUAAUAGAAUGAAGCAAUAUGAAUGCUUAACUAGCAACUCUUCCUUAGCCUCAGCAAUCUAUGUUCCGUUUUACCCUAGCCUACAAGUGAGCCCGAUUCUUUGGGGCGGGUUUAACACGACUGUGAGGGACGCAGGUGCCUUAGAUUUCACUAAAUGGGUAAGGGAAAAGCCCGAGUGGGCUCGUAUGAUGGGUAGGGAUCACUUCUUUGUAGUAGGAAGAAUUAGUUGGGAUUUGAACAGGGCUGGUGAUAAUAACAACAAUUGGGGUACCAAGCUUUUAAGAUUGCCUGAAAGCAGGAACAUGACAGUGCUGUCAAUAGAAUCAAAUCCUUAUGACAACGAAUUUGGAGUACCAUAUCCGACCUAUUUCCAUCCCUCGAGCGAUACUGAAGUGCUCGAGUGGCAGGGGAAAGUGAGGAGAUCCCCGAAAAGGAGCUUCCUCUUCGUCUUUGCUGGUGCCCCACGCCCCUGGCAGAGUAAUUCAAUCAGAGGGGAGCUGAUCAGUCAGUGUAAAAAUGCGACAAACAACAGUUGCACGCUAGUUCACUGCUCACAAAAUGAUGACUUGUGUAGCACUCCUACUCAUAUUAUUGAGAUGUUCAUGAAGUCUGAAUUCUGUCUGCAGCCUCCAGGGGACUCUUACACUAGACGGUCCACUUUUGAUUCGAUCUUGGCUGGUUGUAUCCCUGUCUUUUUUCACCCAAAAUCGGCUUACACCCAAUACUUGUGGCAUCUUCCGGGGAUUUACACCUCAUAUUCGGUUUAUAUACCAGAAGAAGGGAUUAAAAAUGGGACAAUCAGUAUUGAGAAAGUUCUGUCAGAGAUAUCAGAGAAAGAUGUAUCAGCUAUGAGAGAAGAGGUGAUUAAGUUGAUACCAAGAAUCAUAUAUGCGCGUAAAAGUUUGGAGACUUUUGAAGAUGCAUUUGAUGUUUCUGUGAAGAAAGUUCUUGAGAGGAUUGAGGAUGCUAGGAGACUAUUUGACUGGUAAAUUUCAGAAGCAUGAGUAGGAUUUUUGUUUCUUUUGCAGAUGCAUUUGAUGUUUCUUUUGUAAUGUGCUUGUCUGAAUACACAAUAUAGGGGUCAGUAAUUCUGAAAGUAAUAAAUCUUG